UCAAUGACAUAUUAUUCAAAUAUUAAAAGAAAAACAAAACUGCAAAAUAUUUGUGUUUUGUGAAUUUGUGCUGUAGGUUCAUCUCUGGAACCUCCACUUAAAUUAUGUUUUCUAUGACUUGUCCAAUAUGAAUGAAUUAGUCUAAUAUACCAAAUAAAUAACUACCAGGCAUUAAUAUAAAAUCCAAGUUUGGUUUACAAUACCAAGAUUUCAUGCCACAAGCUCCAUUGUGACUGUGAAUCCAGAAAUGGAACCAAAAAGAAAACAUGAUGAGGAUGAUGAAGAUUUUACAAUGAAAACAGAUUCAGUUUCAGAUAGACUGGGCGUAGAAUGGCCUAAUAAUGUCAUCAAGGAUCUUCUACUAGUAAUGAAGAAACUAAUGGAACACUUUGUUAAAGGGAAAAUUCAAUCCAAAAAAAGGAUGUAUGAGUUGUGUGCAGAAUAUAUAAAUGGCAAAGGAUAUACAUAUACCUAUACUCAGUGUGAAAACAAGUGGAAAUCAUUAAAGAGAAGAUAUGUUUGCAAUUAUGAGAGGUUAUUAACGGGCAAGAAACUCAGACAUAAUAGCUUCCAGAAACCGAUGUUUGAAAAUGAAAUCCACGAGAUAUUAAAACUGGAAAAACCAUCUUUUCAAAAGGAACUCGAAGAAUUUACAAAGUAUAAUAUGACUCUGCCGCCCGGAUUUAGCCCGAAACCGGAACCCGAAGAACAUUAUGAAAACUAUGAAAGUUUGGACGAACCUAGCCACGUUGAAGAAGACGAACGACUUAACUUAAUAGUAGAGGAAGAUUCACCCAACGGGGCUAAGCGGAAAAACGAAGACUAUGAACUUUGUUACGAGUCUGAUGAAAACGAUUCAAUUAGUUGCUCAGAAACGCCAGAGGAAGCAGCUGAACUUAUAAAUGAAGUAAAAGAUUUAAAGCGUGUUUUAAAAAGAAAUCUAGAUGCGAAUAGUGAUAUUUUAAGAGCGCAUAAUUUUACGCACGAACAAAUGGUAACCUUUGUUGAGAACCUUGAAAAACAGGAAGCUCAAAAGAUUGAACUGAAGAAACGGAAAAUAGAACAACAAUCAGUGUUGAUACAACAGAUUAAGAUUCAGAAUAGUCUUAUUGCUAAACUAAUUCAAAAAAUAGGAAAUAGUUCAAGUAAUAAUAGCAAAUAGCGGAUAUUGGAAGAGAGGGAGACCUUGAAAUAGUCUUUUUUUGAUUUUUAAUGUAAUUUAAUAUUAGUGUUCUCACUUUAUUAAAAUAUAUUUUAAUUUUC